GUUGCAGAAGCUUGCAGCCUUGUUCAUAGGGCAAUUGCGCAGAGAGGGAAAACAUCCCGCUGCGAUGCCUUUAUUUCCUAUUGCUGGCGACAUUGCAUCCAAGGAAGCAAGAGUGGUGCCUGCCAAGGAUAAGACAGCAGAAAGUUUUUUGCACGUGGGACAAAGCUAUGGCGCUGCGCGGCAACAGGCCGAUGAUACCCGUGAGAAAGAUGCGAGCAGCAACAGAGGCAAAGAGGCAAGCAACAGGAGAUGCAAGGCUGCGGACUUUUUCGAUGGGGGUGGUGGUGGCGAUGACGGGGAUGGAGCGGUGACCCUCGCAAGCAAGCAGCCGUUGGACGAGCAUGAUAGCACUAAACAUCGGCGGCAUCGUGAGCCCAAAGCGAGGAGCAGCAGCAAGCUGUCCAAAAAGAAAUCUGGGAAGUCGCGAAAACGAAGCCGUCAUGAGCGAUCCAGGAGCGAAGACAGCACGGACGACGAGUCCUCACGCCAGCGAAGGUCGAAGUCAGCAGACUCGCGUGGCCAGAAGCUCUUCAUCGAGGACAGACGAGGAGAUCCGGAUAAUAUGUCGUUUGGCAAAUUCUACCGGCUCGACGUGCCUCUGUAUGACGGCAUGAACGACGCUGCGGGGAGCAGAAAAUCGCGAAGGAAAGUUGCAAGGUACUUCGGUAGCCAUGUCAGGGGUGCCAGCGCCAUUGAUCACCAAGAACACCUGCAACUCUGGAAAGGCGACAAACGCAGGGAUCACACCCUGGCUUGGACUCAGGCCAUAUCUUCUCGCACUCUUUCUAGAGACGGUACGAUACCCACAUUUGGCGGGAUGGAGCACAAUGAACAGAGGGUGAGCACCGACUUUCUGCCUGUAACCCCUGUCGUGGCGCCCGUGAAUGAACGCGCUACGAACGGCAUGACUGCCGAGCACGACGGCGUGCACACAUUGAGUCUUGAACAGUGGGUGGCACGAAAGACUAAGGAGUUCAACCUGGCGACACGAGAGCGACCGCAAUCAGACGACAUCUGGCUGCAGUACGCGGAUUUUCAGGAAGACGCCGUUCGGGCUCUGCACGGUGGUCACACCUUGCAGCCCCCUACAGCUGCUAUUGUGCGGAUGACCCUCGAAAAGCGAUCCUCCGUGCUGGAGCGAGCGCUACGACAGAAUCCGUUCAGCGUCAGGCUAUGGAUACCACAGCUACAUUUGGCGGCACAGAUGCAGGAGCACGUUGUUGUGGACUCACUCUGGAGGGCAGCCAUCGAAAAGAGCAGCCAAUCUUGCACAUUAUGGCUUCGUUACCUGCAGUUCAAGGCAUCCCACUUCGCGUCCUUUUCGGUUACCAACCAGCGCUCUAUCUACGCCCGCUGCAUUCGAGCUCUAGAAUCGAAGCGAGAAGAGGCUAAUAAGGCUCAUGAACAGGACCAAAGGGCCAAGGGAGUGUUUAUUAUGGCGAAUAAGUCGAUCCUAGAGGGUGAGAGCAAGGAAACCGCUGCCGCAGAGAGAAACUUGUUGGAUGCGCUCUGGAACUACUGCGUCUUUGAAAGAGCCAGCGGGUACCAUGAGCGUGCUUUGGGUGUUCUCCAAGCUAUGGUCGAGCUGAACACGGCGUCAGCCACGCUUUCCCUGGACACAUUCGUUUCGUUCUGGGACAGCGAAGCUCCGAGGAUUGGUGAUGUGCACCCUACCCAAGCGGGUAUGACGCGGUGGCUCGAAACGGCAGGCACGGCUAGCUCGAAGCCGUCUGGAUCGGCGCUUCAAACGGGGCAGCAGAAGACUGUAGCUCCUCGGAAGCACGGCACAGCCAGAACAAUUGCUGUUCGCGGCAAACGCAAGCGAGCUGUAGACUUCUUCAAGGAAGAUUUGCCAGCGGAAACUUUUGAGCAACCCAAGGCAACGGGCGGUACCGAAGUCCUGGAGAAGGCUUACCAAAAGGCACAAGCUAUGGCAAUGGCUGCUGUGCCGAUCCUUCGUAUGGACGCGUCCCCUCACGCAGACUCAUCUAGCGACGGUGACGCCAAGAAUGCUUCGGGUCAGCGUCGACAGAGCGGAACCUCGCGUGAGGGCUUGUCGGAACCUGAGAGUACGCGAAGGGACACGGCUGACCGCAAAGGUUCAUCACCCGAAGUCACAGCUCCAGACACGGUUGGAGAGCACUCGAGUCCCGUUCAAAGAGAAACAGAACCCGAGGGUGUUCGAGCAGUGGAAGCCGAGGGCUUGAUAUGGCUCGAUGAUGAGCAGCGAACGGCGUACAGCGUCAGGCACGGGUACCGAAUCGAUGUACAAGGGGCGCAGGACUCAGUGUCGGGACACGAGUAUGGGCGAAUACUAAGUCAAAUGCGAGGAGGCAGCGCGCUGGACGAAGAUGGAGACAGAAAUGUUGAGGUGGCUGCAGCUGCAUCGAAACGUCUACAAUAUCGAGGAGCUCGAGAACGAGAUGCCGAGGUGGCAAAGCAAUCCGCCGUGCUCCAAGAUGUGCCCGAAGGAGAUGUUUUUUCGGAGUGGGCGAAGGCGGAAGAUGAAAUGACCCAACGCCAGUGGCAGCCACUACGCUCGAUCCAAGAUGCUGAGAGAGCCGAAGAGCAGCCCGAUCGAGUGGUUUUUGUUGAAGAUCUACGGCCGUUUCUCUUCAGGCUAUCCCAUGCUGCCUCGAAAAGCACCCUUGUCGGGUUGCUCUUGUCUGCGGGCGGGCUCGUUCACCCACGUUCCGAUGUUUCACACUCUCCGAAGUUGAUGUCGGAGGCCUGCUGUGCAGGGUCGUUCGGUGAUGGGGGAUUGUCCGGUAGCUUGAUAUCUUCCGUCAGCAACGGUUUGCAAGCGGUGUGGAGGGCUUCCGAGGGCGACUUACCCGUGUCGGGAACAGGCGUCGUCCGGUGCACCGGUCGACCCGGAUCUUGUCUCCCCCCAGCGGUAGUCAGCACGGCGGCCGAUCAGUUCCUGCUACUGACCGACGACGUUGUGGCAGACUGUUCUCGACAGGCGUUUUUGCGAAACGUCUUGCAUCACCUCGUCCGCGCUCCUGCAUCGCUUCCCAGCACUACUUCGGGGUCCAAUAUUUUGGUGCAGCUUCAAUGCACCCUCAUCAUGUUCGAAGGCUACCUUGCUUCGGCAGCGGGUGCUCGGCAUGGUCGAUUUAGUGCAGGGAGUGCUCCGAAGCAAACCCGCCCAACCGGACAGGGAGCACCGUGGUCUGACGAGGACACGCAUGGACAUGAGGCCCGCAAAGUUGCGAAGUCUCUGCUCGAGGCGAGUCAGGCGAGCGCAACUGAUUUACGGCUAUGGAGCUCGUACGUUCAACUGUUGGCGCUCCUCGGCAGUACACAAGAAGCCAUAAAGGUGGCCGAAAAGGCGCUUUCCAUGGUGCAAGCCCUCCCGGAAGACAAGAAAGGUUUUUCAGCCGAGCUCUUUUGGCUCACUUUCAGACUUCACGCCGGACUUCCACUCAGCCCGCGCGAUCCCCACCCAGGGGAAGAUGACGAGACCGUUGGCAACCUCUUCGAGACAGGCAACAAAGGCCGCAAUGGUCGAGAAAUGGCGCUAUUGAUGCUGUGCAGUUUCGCGGAGGGAGGAUUUAAGCGCCCCAAGAGCAAAAGCAAACGGUCCAAGCGCGAUGGCAAGGGUUCCAGUGCAGAGCCUAUCUUGAUAACUCCCCCGCGGCUCCUGGCGGCACGAAAGCUGAUGGCUGACCGAGUUGCUAGGGAAGCGGCACAGGAAGUUCAAAGAGAUGCAGAUGUUGCCGAUGGAGCGUUGGACAUGACGCCCCCUUUCAUGUACCACGCGAUUGCGUGGGUUUGGAUGGAGUUUAUCUCGGUAGGGUUAGGCGCAGCACAAGAUGCUAUGUCAAAGUGCCUGGAGUUGGCACAGCCCAGCCCAACACCGACGGGGUCUGGUGAAGCUAGUAGUGUCCCUGCUGAAAGCAGCAGCAGCAACAGCAGCAGCAGCAAAUUCGGCAUCGGCGGAACCUCCACUGGCAACAAACCGUACACUUGGAACGUGGUUCCCGAACAUACGGCUCUCGGUGUGUGCCUUGAGCGCAUGCAUAGAGGCUUCAGCGAGCUGAUGACCCUAGCCCAGCGCUACAAUCCGGUGGACGCUGGACCACGACGGGUGCGUGCGGUGCUGCUCCGUGGGCUGGUGUCGUUUCCAGCUGAGCCUGGCAUGCUAUGCUUGCUUUUGGACACUGAGCAGCUUUCGAGCAGUCAGCAACGGCUCGUACACCACCUGUUCGAGGUGUCCCGGCGACGAGCGUUGCUGUGGGAGCAAGGCCCUACCCCGCUGGAGUGGAUUCUAUCAACCACCCACCAGGUGAUGCGUUGCGUGCGUGAGGCGCGUCAAACCAUGAUCGCGGCUGGAGGAACGGUGGAACACGUUGACGCCACAUCACCGGCCUACCGGCGGCACAAUGACGAAGCCCUUCGUGUCAAGAACUGGCUGCCGGGUUCUUAUAGCAGGUUGAAGCGCUCGAUGGAGUCCGCGAUAACCCACCCCACCGGUCGCGGGAUCCCUGUCCUCUGGAGGAUGUAUAUGUUGGCCAUGCGCGGGAACUUCUUACAGGCCAAGCAAUUGUUUUGGCGCGCGGUUCACGCGUGCCCCGGCAACAAGGCUGUUUGGAUGGACGCUCUUCGCGGGAGCCGACGCGAUCGGGUAGGCGCGGCAGGGCUAAGGCCAGCUUUCCGCACGAAGGAGCUCAACGAGGCAAUCGACGCCUUGUUGGAGAAAUCUCUUCACCUCCGAGCGGAGCCUCCAUGACCGACAACUUUUGGAUGCCCGCUUGGAUGCGUCAUGUCGAGAACUUCCCAGAAAAUAUUGUAUCGUUUCGGGCGUGGUUACGAAGGCCGGGCUACACCGCGCCAUACAUCAUAUUGUGCGGAUAACAAACAGAACGGGGACGAGCAGCGUCUAAACAAGAGUAGUCGGCAAGUCGGGUGGGGAUCUUUUCUGUGAUGUUCGCUUUUGUGCGGGAAGAACUGCAAGCUGUACAUAUGUCUGGUAAUGACGCCCGCCUGCACGUGCUUCUUGAUGUCUGUGGUUCAACGCAUGGUGUGAUCCACGGAUCACGCUUAACAUACGCGGCAGAUCCCGAGUUCUCUGCCAACGUAUCAAAAUCCUAAUUGGAUUUCCGGUAGGUCCCCCAGUUUGGUGUUUCUUGUCUUCUCUGGUGUUAUCCCAGUAGAGGCAACGCGUUCCCCGCAGUCUAGUUUGGUUGGAAGGCUGUUCUUCAAUUAAAGCAAAGUAGCACCUACACUCUUCUUGUAACACUCCUGCCCUUGUUGAAAAGAGGCAACCUAGCAGGUCGAUCUUGUUUUGUGUACAGAAAGACACUCCCAACCACCAUAGCAGAGCCAAUGAAAAAAAGAAAAGUUGGUUUAAAGGCAAAGAAAAGAGUGGAUAACGCACAAGAGAUAAUAAUGGAAAUCGCAGUCGCAAACGAUUUCCUAAUAUUGUCGGCGUACUUCACCACCACGGCAACUACCAGACCACCCACCGCCUGCAGUACAAUUACCGCAACAACAACCCAGCCGUACCCGAAGAAGAAACCGUUCGUUGUCACUCUGCUCCAAUCUUUGACAUACACGCUACCAAUAGCAAGCACGAUACUGGGAAUGCCCAUUUGGAUAUUUCUGAUCCACAACGAUGUCUUGCUUCCCUUAAGGAGCAUUUCGAAGUAAACCCCUGCGAACCCCGAGGUGCAUGCCGCGCCCAUGACACACAAGAACCCCACCACCGGAGAUUGCCCCCCAGAGGACUCAUCUGUCUCAUCAGAGGACUCAUCUGUCUUAUGGCUGUUCGCCGAUUGACUUGACAAUUGAGCCAGGGCCACUCCUACAGCGAGCAAAACCAACGCCCCCCAUUUUGUGGCACUGAGGUUCCUCCGUAGCAGAAUCACAGAGAAGAGCGCCGUGGUGAGAAUUUUUGUUUGAUAGCAGACGCUGUAGGUCGCAGCAUCGAGGUUCUCCAGGGCCAUGUACAACAUGUUGUUUUGCAAGGUGUACAGCAUGGCCGGGAUCGUGAGCUUCGCCGUUUCUCGUGGCUUUCCGGCAACUUCCACGCGCAAUUUCUUCGAGAAGGUUCUCAGUUCUCCCGAUUCCUGAGAGGAAAACAAACAAGCAAACAAUUAACACUCAGGUGUCGAGGGCAUUGUUGGGUUCUCUCCACGACGCGGAAAACCACCCGCAAUAGGAAAACACCAGGCAUCAUGAUGCGCCCAAAGGAUGGUACGGGACAUCUUAUCAGCUACCAUGCCUGUGGCUACAGCUACUACCGUGUGGCCUAUAGAGGCAUGUAUAUGUCAGGCCACGGAGAGGUCAACUAACGCAUUCAGGUAUUGACUUUCGUAGACGUAUAACGGGCACACAGAAUGCUGACACAACAUUUGAUGAAAGUCAGCGACAGAUUUUUGCAAACGUCGUCCAAGCACCUCGACAGUUCCUCUUGAAGUACAUCGAAACACCACCACGUAGAGUUGAGGGUUGCCAGCACUCUGACUUCUGCAUGAAUAGCCAUGGUAUUUUCGCGGGGGUCGGCCACUCCUAAAUUACCAGGUAUGUAUUUUAAUCAAGUGAAGCGCUUGAUUCAAGGUACUUUCGGUGGCCUCAGCUUUUGAAACGUGACAUUGUUCGACAAGCCCGGUACGGAUUCGUGUGCCACCGCGCGGAGAGAUGGUAACUCGGAUUCUCACACCUCCAUAUACGCAGCACCAACACCCAGGAGCAUUGUCUGCCUACCGGUGACCCACAGAUUGUAUGUACCUAAGCGACAGUUCUUUUCCCUCCGUCCCAGAAGGGAAAAAACAGGCUCUAAUUAUCGGCCUGUUCGAACGCGAUGCAGGGGCCCAAAGUUUGAUACCGGGACGCCUACAUGACCCACCUUCCGGGACCAGAACGAGAUCCACAGGGCACCCAUUUACGAUCUGUUGGCUUCUAAGGAGGGAGAAAAUAGCGCACUCUUCGUCACACCGGUUUGGUGGUGCUUUGGCGAGAAGCAGUGCUUCACAGGCAUUUGUAUCCAAAAUUCAUAGGAGAUUCCUCAUCCCAUCCCCGGGUGUUCAGGAAGAAAGGCGGAUUACAAAACGGAGAUCUCGAAGCGCGCGCGAUUCAAACCAGGAGAAGAUACAGAGGUUGCGACCGCUGAUGAGUCUCGCACAUCUGCAGAAUAACAAGGGUUAUCAUGCUUGGACAUCACACCCACCCGUCGUGGUCCAAUCCCUUCCAUAAGUUAAAGCACAGCAGUAACAGCAGACCUUGUGCCCGCUCUCUGGCUAAACAACAGAGAGUCUCCGCGAAUCUAUUCGCCGUUGGAAAAAUCGAUGGGUGAAAACAGGAUAGAUUGAGGUCUUGCCCACAGCAGCAACAGCAGCAGCGGAGAGCGAAGCUGAGGUAGUUGGUGCUGUUGACGCAAUCGCCAUGUGGGACUCAGAACGAUAGGGAUGACGUCUUGGGCUGGACAACAACAGGGCGGGGGAUAAAGGAGGCAAACGAACGACACCGCCUUCAGCAAGCGCAACAGAGAGAGACUGAAGAUGGUCCACGCGAGAGAACGAGCUGGUUAUGGUAAUGUUGGAACUGCUGUGCUCCUGCACUUUCCACCUGCAUUCCACACCGUGCUGCCCGAUGUGUUCUUCCAUCUGGUGUAUCAAGUGGGGAUGAGUCUUCAUCACACACAGUAUCGCAGAUGCAGACUACUGCAGGUAUCGAGCCGACCGCACGGCUCAUUUCUCCUUCCCAUCUACUGUAGUCAAAUUGGCAAAUACAGCACACAACCACAUCCUGGCUUCUGCUAGGCUUGAAAUAACCCUUAAGCUGUCAUCCGAUCUUUGCAUCAAUGGCUUCCUACGUUUGGACGAGGGCAUGCGUGGACUAUCAUAGUAUGAUACGUUCUCUUUCCUUGUACUCUUCUUCUGGGUGCUGACACGAUGACUGUCGGAUGUUGGGAGUGUACCAAUAUCAAUUGGGACAUGCGCCAUACAACAAUAUAUCCUGGCUUCGGGUGGCGAAGGGAAACAACAUUGUUUCUGUCCCCCGCUCGUUUCAUCACUUCCCAGGCUCGGGCGAGGGCAUAUAUAGAGCUAUGAUGUGCAUACUGCUAUUUGUUUGAUUUUUGGCUGCUGACACAACGACUCCUGGGUCCUACGAUUUUCAAUUUGGGAGAUACUACGGAGACAGCGACAUCCUGGCUUCGGCCUGGCUUCGGCUGGGCGUGAAAACACCCCUGUGCUGUCCUCCGCUCUUUGCAUCAUUGGGUUCCUUGAUUCGAGUGAGGGCAUGUAUGAAGCGUUGGUGUGUGCCUAUUGGAGAGUAUUCGUAAAGGAGAUUCUUCUGGCCUCGUUUAUUUAGCGCGUUGCGCAUUCUUCGGGUUUUGGCCGUUCGAUGUACUUCUAUUUUCAUUUCAUCAGCCGGUUAGCGCUUUCGGUGCUCAUGAACAAAGCACACACACAUUCAAGUUCUG